CUUCCCACAUAAAUAUCCCCAUAAAUAUUCCUCGGCUGCUACUCUUCACAUCUCCCAUCUCUUUCCUCAUGAAAAUUUCGAAAGACAAUCAAGAAAAUUCUGCAACACCACUUCCCACCAUUCUCCAAUCCCACCUUACCAAAACCCAAAUGAAUUCUUGAAACAUCUCUCAUCCCAGAAUCUCAAUCACAAAUGACAAACCUCCUCUCUCUCCUCUGUUUUCUCUCUCUCCUCUCAAACCCAUCUUCCUCCCAGCCAACCGAGUUCACCUACACCGCAUUCAACCAAAUAGGAACCAACAUCACUCUCUCUGGAUCAUCCCAAAUUCUGAAAAACGGCAUUCUUAGAUUAACCAACGACACCCGUAGACUAAUGGGUCAUGCCUUUUACACCUCUCCCCUUAAGUUCAAGAACUCCCCAGACGGCUCUGUUUUUUCUUUCUCCACUUGCUUUGCCGUCGCGAUAGUCCCGGAGUACAAGAAACUCGGCGGGCACGGACUCGCUUUCGCUCUCUCGUCGACCAGAGACCUCCGAUCGGCUCUCCCCAGUCAGUAUUUGGGACUGCUCAACAAUUCGAAUGUGGGGAAUUUCUCCAACCAUUUGUUUGCUGUGGAGUUUGAUACGGUUCAGGAUUUCGAGUUCAGAGAUAUCAAUGAUAACCAUGUAGGAAUCGACAUCAACAGCUUGCAAUCGAAUGAAUCUGCUGCAGCAGCUUAUUACACCACAGACAUGAAAAAACAAGAUCUCAAUCUCAAAAGUGGAAAACCCAUACUAGUUUGGAUUGAUUACGACUCCGCUUCUACUCAAAUAAACGUCACGAUUUCGCCUUCUAGUACAAAACCCAGAUCGCCAAUCAUUUCUUACCGAUAUGAUCUUUCCCCAUUACUCCACGAAAGGAUGUACGUUGGGUUUUCUGCUUCCACUGGUUUGCUCGCUAGCUCGCAUUAUCUACUGGGAUGGAGCUUCAAAAUGAAUGGAGUUGCAAAAUCUCUAAGCUUCAACUCACUGCCAUCACUCCCUGGACCCAAAAAGAAACAAACUGCUCUGAUUAUUGGCAUUUCGGUAUCGUCAUUUGUUUUUCUAGUUGCUUCAAUCUUGAGUGGUAUAUACCUGGUGUGGAAAAUUAAGAACAGAGAUGUUAUUGAAGACUGGGAGCUCGAAAUUGGUCCCCACAGGUACUCAUACCACGAGCUCAAGCAAGCCACCAAAGGUUUCAAGGACAAUGAGCUACUUGGGGCUGGUGGGUUUGGGCGAGUAUACAAAGGAACACUACCAAAUUCAAAGGCUCCAGUUGCUGUGAAGCGAAUUUCACACAAUUCAAGACAAGGGUUGCGCGAAUUUGUUUCCGAAAUCGCUAGCAUUGGCAGGCUAAGGCACAGGAACCUGGUUCAGUUACUUGGUUGGUGUCGACGUCGAGGUGAUCUACUCCUUGUCUAUGAUUUCAUGCCAAAUGGAAGCUUAGACAGAUUCUUGUUCAACAAACCAGAAACGGUACUGAAUUGGCAACAGAGAUUCAACAUCAUCAAAGGUGUUGCAUCAGCCCUAUCGUAUUUACAUGAAGGGUAUGAACAAAUUGUCAUACACAGAGAUGUAAAGGCCAGUAAUGUGUUGCUGGACAGUGAACUAAAUGGAAGACUAGGCGAUUUUGGGCUAGCAAGAUUGUAUGACCACGGGGCCAAUCCUGGUACGACACGUAUUGUGGGCACUCUAGGGUACCUUGCCCCAGAGUUCUCUAGGACUGGAAAGGCCUCCACCAAAUCUGAUGUGUUUGCUUUUGGUGCUCUUUUGCUUGAGGUUGUUUGUGGGCGAAUGCCAAUUGACCCCAAGGCAGCCCCAGAGCAGUUGGUUUUGGUGGAUUGGGUUUGGGACAUGUGGAAAGAAGGGAGUGUGGUUGGGGUAGUAGACCCAAAAUUGCAAGGUCAGUUUGAUGAGUUUGAGGUAGUCAUGGUUUUGAAAUUGGGGUUAAUGUGUUCAAAUGAUGUGCCUAUGGUUAGGCCUAGUAUGAUGCAAGUGGUAAGGUAUUUGGAAGGCGAGGUCCCGUUACCGGAUGACUUGGGACCUCCCUGGGAAGGGAAUGGUGGUGGGGGCGGCCGCAAUGGCGAAGGGUUUGAUGGUUAUGAGAAUUCGUUUUUGUCGUCGUCUUUCGAGAAGGGGUCAUAUAGUUCAUUCAGGAGAGGAGACGUUGAUGCAAAUUUCGGUUCUAUUUCUGCUUCACCUCUUUCUCUUCUCCAUACCAGAGAUGCCAGAUAGUGAAAAUUGUAAGAGAACAUGUUGUACAAGCUUUUUCUUUUUGCCGGGAAAUUUUUCUAUGAGAAAAAGAACGGAGAUUAUUUUCUUGAAAUUUUACUCAUGAAAACUGUUCUCUUUUCUUUCUUUCUUAAA